CAUAUACUAUAUCUGUCCCUUGCUAACAAUACUGUGACAAAUAGAAUGAAAUGUAAAAUCCAAAUAAAUAACACAAAUCGACUUAAAUUUAGCAUUAUAGGGGUGAAUCAAUGAUUAUUAUUUUUUUUCAGACACAACAACGUUCAAUUUUUUUUAUUUACGAUGAUCUCACCGUGACGAUAAUUUGAUAUAAUUACACAAUUAUAAAAUUUAUAAGUAAAUAUAUAUCUCAAUGGAAAGAAAAAGGUGUGGUCUUUGCCCAUUAACUCAUUUUGAUAGAUGUAGCUAUACGAUAACAACGUGUAAUGAACCCCAAUUAAGGAUAGAGUAUCGCAAAUCCUGCCAAGAGUAUUCUCCUAAGAUUGAACCAAUAAAGGGUGUCAGAUUUAAACAGCCUGCGAAUUCACGACGGGGUUUCGCUGCAUGGACAAAUUUAAUGUAUCGUCCUAUCAUUCAAGGAGCUUUGAAAUAUCGUGGAGUAUACAAAUUAGUUCCUCUUGAUCCACCCCCAUGUAGUCCUGUACUGUGCAGACCAGCCCCUGAUAGACCUACAGAUUCUACCGGCAUGGUAGUAUAUCGUCGAUGGGGGGCAUUCCUGCACCACUAUAUGUAAACAAACUCAUG